UGGCCGAUUGUCAUAACCUCUAAAUUUAACUAGGGUGAGGAGUACUGUCGUUUUCGUCUGAUGACCUUCAGAGGACAUUGCGGGACUUCUAUCAGGUCACGGCAGUGCGGGAUUAGACCCCGAGUGUGGAGCCCCCAGCACCCCAGCCUGGUUGCGACCCAAUAUCUUGCCAGGCACGCCUACAGCACACAGCAGGCGGAGAGCGCGGAGGAGGAGCCGCUCCACACCAUUAUCAGCGACACCGAGAACGUGCAAGGAACCUUCUCGAAGCAUGAGUUCCAGGCAGAAACAAAGAAAUUGCUGGACAUUGUGGCGAGGUCACUGUAUUCAGAGAAAGAGGUGUUCAUCCGGGAGCUGAUCUCUAACGGCAGCGACGCUCUGGAGAAGCUGCGACACAAGCUGAUCUCAGGAGGGGGCGACACCGCGCCCAUGGAGAUACACCUGCAGACCGAUGCGGCCAAGGGCACCUUCACCAUCCAGGACACAGGGGUGGGGAUGAGUCGGGAGGAGCUGGUGUCAAACCUGGGGACCAUCGCUCGCUCAGGCUCCAAGGCCUUCCUGGACACCCUGCAGAACCAGGCGGAGGCCGGCAGCUCCAUCAUUGGUCAGUUUGGCGUGGGCUUCUACUCCGCCUUCAUGGUGGCGGACACAGUGGACGUGUUCUCCCAGUCCGCUGAGCCCGGGAGCCCGGGGUUCAAGUGGUCCUCUGACGGCUCCGGCGUGUUCGAGAUCGCCGAGGCCAGCGGGGUGCGACAGGGCACCAAGAUCGUGCUGCACCUCAGAGACGACUGCAAGGAGUUCUCCGCCGAGGAUCGGGUCAAAGACAUUGUCACCAAAUACAGCAACUUCGUCAACUUCCCCAUCUUCCUCAACGGCCGACGCCUGAACAACAUGCAGGCUCUGUGGAUGAUGGAGCCGAAGGAGAUCAGCGAGUGGCAGCACGAGGAGUUCUACCGCUACGUGGCGCAGGCCUACGACAAACCCCGCUACACCCUGCACUACCGCGCCGACGCCCCGCUCAACAUCCGCGCCAUCUUCUACGUGCCCGAGACGAAGCCCUCCAUGUUUGACAUGAGCAGGGAGGUGGGCUACAGCGUGGCUCUGUACAGCCGUAAGGUGCUGAUCCAGACCCAGGCCACAGAAAUCCUGCCCAAAUGGCUUCGCUUCCUCAGAGGCAUUGUGGACAGUGAGGACAUCCCCUUGAACCUGAGCAGAGAGCUUCUUCAGGAGAGCGCCCUCAUCAGGAAGCUCCAGGACGUGCUGCAGCAACGCGUGAUCCGCUUCCUCCUGGACCAGAGCCGGAAGGAGCCAGAAAAGUAUGCGCGCUUCUUCAACGACUACAGCGUCUUCAUGAGAGAGGGCAUUAUCACCACCACCGACCAGGAAGUCAAGGAGGACAUAGGGAAGCUCCUGCGGUUCGAGUCCUCCUGCCUCCCCGCCGGGCAGCACACCAGCCUGCAGGAGUACGCCUCGCGCAUGAAGGCCGGCUCCCGCAACAUCCACUACCUGUGCGCCCCCAACCGCCACCUGGCCGAGCACUCGCCCUACUUCGAGGCCAUGAAGAGGAAGGACAUGGAGGUGCUCUUCUGCUAUGAGCAGUUUGACGAGCUCACCCUGCUGCACCUGCGAGAAUUCGACAAGAAGAAGCUCAUCUCCGUGGAGACGGACAUCGUGGUCGACCACUACAAGGAGGAGAAGUUUGAGGACAUCAAGCCAGCCUCCGAGCGGCUGACCGAGCAGCAGGCUGAAGACCUGAUGGCCUGGAUGAGGAACAGCCUGGGCCCCAAGGUCACCAACAUCAAGGUGACGCCCCGCCUGGACACGCACCCCGCCAUGAUCACGGUGCUGGAGAUGGGAGCGGCUCGUCACUUCCUGCGCUCCCAGCAGGUCGCCCGGACGUCUGAGGAGAGGGCCCAGAUCCUGCAGCCCACGCUGGAGAUCAACACCGGCCACGACCUCAUCAAGAAGAUCAGCGAGCUGAAGGACUCGAACCCGGAGCUCUCUCAGCUGCUGCUGGAACAGAUCUUCGACAACGCCAUGAUCGCGGCCGGGCUGAACGACGACCCCCGGCCCAUGAUCUCCCGCCUCAACGAACUGCUCACCAAGGCCCUGGAGAAGCACUGAGAGGUAGCCCCAACCGGCCCGUCCACUUCGUGACUGUCCACAGCCCGUUACCCCGUCCCCCCACACCGGGGUCUCCGAGGGGCAGGCCGAGGGCACGGGAACCGAACCUCCUGACCGCUGCACAGCCACUUCCUGGUCUUCAGAGACGACGGCUUUCCUGCAGAUCACCGCAGCGCGACAGUCCAUUUUUCUGCUGAGCUCACGUCCGUCUGACGGCGCCGGUAAUGCCCCUGUGUAUAAUACCACCCCGUGCCCAUAGCUGCCCUUGCACAUGCUGGAAGACUGUGCUGACUCCUGUUUCAGAAUGAACUGAAUACAAAUCCAUUACUGCCCCCGCCUUUUUUUUCUAAAUAAAGAAAUAAAGAAAUAAAACUCCAGAUCAAAUGAGUUUAACGCGUAAGAUCUUUCAUGUUAAAAGUGUCAAGUUAAAUCUUUACCCGCUGGUAAUGUGCAGUACAUUGAACAGGCCACUCGUUUCAGAAGACGAGGUGUGUCGAGGUGGACUGUGGAGUCCAUGGAAGCCAUUGUGUGAUUGAGGCAGGAGGACUGGAGGCUUCAGGGCAUCGUCUGAUUGGCCGGUCCCGUUGGGCUGUGGCUGCUUCAGCCAAUCUGCACUUUACAAGUAUCAGCCAAUAGAAUUUGGGGCAGAGUGGCAUCUUCAUACACAACCAGAGGAAAUGGAAGACCUGAUCGGAGAAGGCCAGGUCGACUGAUCUACUCCAGGCUGUUUUUUUGGGCUGUUACAUUGUAUUGUGAAAAAAUAAAAAAUAAAAAAAUUCCAAUACAAGGACAA